CGAGCCAAAACGCGGGGUAUAUAAUAAACGUAUUGCUGGAUGCAGAGCUCAUCGUCGUCUAUAUAUGCAGCUUCUGAAUAACAUUGCGAAAUCUCUCUCUUCGUUCUCUUAAGCUCUGAUCCGCCGCUUGACGACGCCGUUGGAACGUUAGACGAACCGAGGAUCCGGAAAAUCACAUCAAUCCGGAUAGAUCCGAAGGGCCUGAUCCGAUCCAGCUUGAUCUCUAUCAAUACAAGAAGGCUGUUGAGAUGGCAUCAUCAACAGCUGCGGCCACAGGAUGGUACAGAGGGAGAGUGAAGGCAGUUCCUUCAGGGGACUCCUUGGUCAUCAUGGCCCUCACAGCCAACAAGGCAGGACCCCCACCUGAAAGAACCAUCACUUUGUCAUCGCUUAUGGCUCCGAAACUGGCUCGUAGAACUACCAAGGAUGAGCCAUUUGCAUGGGACAGCAGAGAGUUUCUGAGGAAGCUCUGCCUGGGAAAGGAGGUGGCUUUCAGAGUGGACUACGUUGUACAACAGAUAGGGCGAGAAUUUGGCUCAGUUUUUCUUGGUGACAAGAAUGUUGCAAUGCUGGUUGUUGCUGAAGGCUGGGCAAAGGUCAAGGAGGUUAAACAGAACCAACAGAAAGGAGAAGCUAGUCCUUAUAUUGCAGAGCUGCUACGUCUCCAAGAACAAGCUAACACCCAGGGCCUUGGUCUCUGGAGCAAGGUUCCUGGUGCUGCUGACACAUCCAUUAGGACUCUACCGCCCUCUGCCAUUGGUGAUCCAAGCAAUUUAGAUGCCAUGAGUCUGUUGGCUGCAAAUAAGGGCAGGCCCAUGGAAGGUAUUGUUGAGCAAGUUCGUGAUGGAAGCACAGUUCGGGUCUACUUGCUUCCCGAUUUUCAGUUUGUUCAAGUAUUCGUUGCAGGAACUCAGGCCCCAUCAGUGGGAAGGAGACCUAUAGCUUCAGAAGUUGUUGCUGAACCCGAAACAACUUCUGAUAAAACAAAUGGUGAUGUUUCUACUGAGCCUCGAGCCCCUCUAACUUCUGCCCAAAGAAUUGUAGCUUCAACAACAUCAUCUGUUGAAAUUGCUGCUGAUCCAUUUGCACUGGAAGCUAAACAUUUUACAGAAACUCGCGUGCUGCAUAGAGAUGUCCGCAUCGUUCUGGAAGGUGUUGACAAAUUCAGCAAUUUGAUUGGGUCAGUAUAUUACCCGGAUGGAGACUCAGCGAAAGACCUGGCCCUGGAGCUUGUUGAAAAUGGUUAUGCAAAAUACGUUGAAUGGAGUGCUAACAUGAUGGAAGAAGAUGCGAAGAGGCGGCUGAAGGCUGCAGAGCUUGAAGCUAAGAAAAGCAAGUUGAGGAUCUGGACAAACUACGUACCCCCAGUUACAAAUUCAAAGGCAAUUCAUGACCAGAAUUUCACUGGCAAGGUUGUGGAGGUUGUCAGCGGGGACUGUGUCAUUGUUGCUGAUGAUUCUGUUCCAUUCGGCAGUCCACUAGCAGAGAGGCGAGUUAAUCUUUCAAGUAUUAGGUGCCCGAAAAUGGGCAAUCCUCGUAGAGAAGAAAAGCCGGCUCCAUAUGCCCGUGAAGCAAAAGAGUUCCUGAGAACCCGCCUUAUUGGACUCCAAGUGAAUGUUCAAAUGGAGUAUUCAAGGAAGAUCACGGCAGAUGGAGCUGCAGUUUCUACUGGACCUGCAGAUUCCAGAGUCAUGGAUUUUGGAUCAGUCUUCCUUGUAAAGGCUGAGGGUGAUGAUGCUCCAGCACCUGCUUCAUCUGCUCCUGGCAGCCAGCCAGCUGGGCUGAAUGUUGCUGAACUGGUGGUUGCACGUGGCUUUGGCACUGUUAUUAGACAUAGAGAUUUUGAAGAGCGGUCAAACUAUUAUGAUGCACUUCUUUCGGCGGAAUCACGUGCUAUUGCUGGCAAAAAAGGAAUACAUUCUGCCAAGGAUCCUCCAGUGAUGCACAUUACAGACCUGAUGCAGGCAUCAGCUAAGAAAGCCAGAGAUUUCUUUCCGUUCUUACAAAAAAGGAGGAAAAUUCCUGCCGUUGUGGAAUAUGUCUUUAGUGGCCAUCGUUUUAAACUAUUGAUUCCCAAGGAAACAUGCAGCAUUGCCUUUGCAUUCUCUGGUGUCAGAUGUCCCGGUCGUGGGGAGCCCUAUUCAGAUGAAGCAAUUGCGCUAAUGAGACGAAGAAUAAUGCAGAGAGAUGUUGAGAUUGAAGUUGAGACUGUUGAUAGAACUGGAACUUUCUUGGGAUCUUUGUGGGAGUCAAAGUCAAAGACCAAUGUGGCGAUUGCCCUUGUUGAAGCUGGCCUGGCAAAAUUUCAAAAUUCCUUUGGCGGUGAAAUCCCAGAUGGGCACCUUCUUGAACAAGCUGAGCAAUCUGCAAAAAGGCAGAAAUUGAAAAUUUGGGAGAACUAUGUUGAAGGAGAGGAAGUUUCCAAUGGUUCAGCUGUCGACAACAACAAACAGAAAGAAGUGCUAAAGGUUGUGGUAACAGAAGUUUUGGGAAGCGGUGGUAAAUUUUAUGUUCAGACAGCUGGUGAUCAGAAAAUUGCCUCUAUACAGCAACAGCUUGCAUCUUUGAGUAUUCAAGAAGCUCCCGUGAUUGGUGCUUUUAAUCCUAAGAAGGGUGACAUUGUCCUUGCUCAGUUUAGUGCAGAUAAUUCUUGGAACCGAGCAAUGAUUGUCAAUGCACCUCGAGGAGCUGUGGAAUCCCCUAAAGACAAGUUUGAAGUCUUCUACAUUGAUUAUGGUAAUCAAGAGGUUGUCCCUUACAGUGAGUUACGGCCUCUUGACCCUUCAGUUUCCUCUGCACCUGGUCUUGCUCAAUUAUGCAGCCUUGCAUAUGUUAAAGUCCCGAGCUUGGAGGAGGACUUUGGUCAAGAAGCAGCAGAGUAUUUAAGUGAGCAGACAUUAAAUAGUUCCACAGAGUUUAGGGCCAUGAUUGAGGAAAGGGAUCUUUCAGGGGGAAAAGUUAAAGGCCAGGGAACUGGACCGGUUCUUGUUGUGACUCUUGUCGCUGUGGAUGCUGAGAUCAGUGUAAAUGCUGCCAUGCUUCAGGAAGGACUUGCUAGGUUAGAGAAACAGAAGAAACGGGAAACUAAGGAGCGGAAGACGGCAAUCGAGAACUUGGAAAAGUUCCAGGAAGAAGCAAGGGCUGAUAGGCGGGGGAUGUGGCGCUAUGGAGACAUCCAGUCAGAUGAUGAGGACAUUGCUCCUCCCUUAAGAAAGGCUGCUGGCAAGCGAUGAACGUACAAUAGUAGGGACAUAAACCAAGUUACAUCCCCUGUGGCCUAAGAUGCGGUUAAGUUUUAGGGAUGUAUCAUCUGCUUUUUAGAGUAAGAGGGAAAGGAACAUGUUGCAGCAAAAACUUGCUUAAGUUUUGUUUUCGGUCUCCCGGAUUGUUUUUUUAGAUGAGGGAACAAUUUUUUUUAGACAAUUCCAAUAAGGUAAACUCAAACCAUAUGUGUUCAGUCUCUCUUUGAGGCCAGCACAGACAAUUUUGUCUGUCGACCAAAAAGCUUAACAAUUUGUGCUUUUCAUUUAUUUAUAGGGUUAAUGACAGCUUAGUACUUGUGGGUAUGCUCUUGAGACA